AUGCGUCCAUCACGCGUGUUCCUCGACCACCAUCGCAGAAUUGAGCUCGGUGGAACUGCGAUACAACCGGUCGGCGACGCUGCAGAUGUGUCCGCGAUUAAGGACCGGUUGGGGCUACAUAAGCUUGCAUUAGAGAGAGCAGGUGUCACUGACCUGUCGACACUGGGAUCAAUGAGCUUGUCUGGCCCCGUUGUCCCACAGGUUGGAGUAGCUGUGCCUGAGCAAGACCAAUACGAGGCGCAAUCAGUGCCCUUCCAGCAUGCCUACAAAUUUGAUAGUGACCAAAACACCCUAAUUCGCAUGGGAGGAAUCGCACGUCAGUUGAAAACCCGGUCGUUGGUAGUCAGUGGCCCCGAUGGGCCAAUGUUGGAUGAUUUCCGUCCGGAAAUGCGGUGGGGGAGGGAGUUGAGGGCCACACGCUCUCUUCCCACGAUAUAUGUCGAUGCCUAUAUCGCCGCCACUCGGCUGCAAAUCGAGGACGACACGCAGAUCGUGCUGAAAUAUCCGAAUAGGUUUCUGUUUCUCAUUGCGAACGAAAUUCAAGUUGGAAAAAACGUGACCAUCACAUGGGACCGAUCGCUGAACAACGCCCCGGAUCCGCCAAACCAACCUGAGAAGAGACCAACCGCUGCUACUCCAGUUCGGGAUCUAUGGGGUGUAGCCGGCGAAACGGGGAUAGAUGGAGCAAAAGGUUACGAGGAUGAUCCAGCACGCACGACUAAGGCAUAUCUCGAUGGUGCUGACGGACCUGAAGUCGAACUAUGGACGGUCUCCCUCCAAGGAAAACCUAUUAUCGAUGUCCAGGGACAGGACGGCGCCCGUGGUGGUGCUGGGGGCCAGGGCGGGGAUGGUGGGGAUGGAUCUCGAGGAUCAGAUGCAGUGCUAACUCCUUUUGUGUGGUGGGAAUGCACCAGCAGCAAUGGUGCAGGUGGAAACGGUGGUGAUGGAGGCAGGGGUGGCGAUGGAGGAACUGGGGGAGACGGUGGCCACGGGGGCCGGUGCCGUAUAUAUGCUCUACAAGCCGUGGUUACGACACUCGCUCAAGGCUUUUUGGUCAGCGCGGUUGGAGGACGCAAAGGCAGAGGAGGGCCAGGUGGUGCUCCAGGGAGAGGUGGUGCAGGGGGCAAGAGAGGAGACAACCCCCGAAAUUGCCGGCCAAACAGAGAAGACGGAGAAGAUGGCAACGACGGGGCUCCAGGACAAGAAGGACAGGAGGGAAGGUACGAUGGCGAGGCAUAUAAUGACGCCAUUCAACUGAACGGCAUCACCCAGGCGGACUUUGACGAACAGCUGACCCUUCCUGCACUCGAGAGAGCAGAGCCGCAGAUAGGAUUUGAAGGGGACCUGAUUACGAUCCACGGGUCCCGGUUUACUCAGAAUGAUGAGUUGUUAAUAGACCAUCAAGUGACAGCCAUCUCGGUCAUUAGUGAUCGACGAUUCAGCUUCGUGGUUCCAGCUGUCGCUGGAGGGAACAAGACAUUGCAACUCAGGCGCAGGAAUGGAAAGCUCUCAAACAAAAACAGUUUUGCUGUACAGCCCCGGAUCAGCACACUCCUACCCGGUACACGCGUGCAUCCUGGACGGCUCGUGACGCUGCGAGGCAGUGGAUUCAGUCCCGAGGCCUCUGUCAUUGCGGAGAGGGAGCGAGUGGAGGGGUUUCAGUUUGUUGACACCAAUACACUGCGAUUCACCGUCCGCCGACCAGCCAACAUCCGUCCAAACGCAGCAGGCGAGCCGAUGGUCCUUCAGGUGCUGGUCCCACAGGUGCCGCCGUCCAACACGCUGGAGAUCGCCCUCGACACUUUCCGUAUGAUGGUGUUUGGAGACUCCGUCCUAUGGGGCCAGGGCCUGGUAGAAUCCCAGAAGAUUCACAACCAUGUCAAGAGCUUUAUGCGUCAGCAGGACGGGGAUAUUGAAACAUACUGCGACCUCCGUGCCCACUCUGGUGCUAUAAUCGGCAUUGACGAUCCCACCGUGGCAGCCGCUCUGGAUGGUGAGAUCCCCACAGACUACCCGACCAUCACUCAGCAAGCAGAGGCGACCGACAUCGAUGCCCCGGAAACCGUGGAUCUUGUACUUGUCAACGGGGGGAUCAAUGACAUUAACUUUCGCCGCAUCCUGGACCCCAGUGUAGGUGAAAACACUCUCCGCGACUUGAUAGAUCGCCACUGUCGCCAGGAUAUGGAACGCCUUCUUGUGCGUAUUGCGGACCGCUUCAACAAAGCAACCAUCAUUGUGACAGGGUAUUACCCAAUCUUCUCGGAGGAAAGCAAUCUUCUAUCAAUGACCGCAUUCCUCAGUCUGCUCGGCGUCGCACUGGCACAGAUUUCCGGUGGGCUCGUCGGAGGGUUUAUCAGCGUCGCGAUGAAGGACCAAGUCGUGAGGAGGGCAGCUCUCUUUGCGGCAGAGUCCGAAAAAUGUAUCCAGCGAGCCGUUGACGCGGCCAAUCUGCAAAGCUCCAAGCGACGUGUCCUCUUUGCGCAGCCUGAAAUUAGUCGGACUCACGCAACUCUCGCCUCAGAUCCCUGGAUCUUCGGGGUCGGGGCUGCAGGCGCUCCGGAAGAUUCGGCAGUAGCUCCAGGAAGAGCGAUACUCUGUGAGUCCGCUCCCGCAGGGCGGUGUGAUGUCACCACCUGCAGGGUUGCUUCCAUGGGGCAUCCGAAUGCAAGAGGAGCACAGGCAUACGCAGAGGAGAUUACCGCGUUGCUGCACACCCAGGCUUCCUUCCCGGAAGGAUUUCUAUGGGGAGUGGCGACCGCUGGAUAUCAAGUAGAAGGGGGUCCUACAGCAAACGAUUGGGACAUCUUCACUCAGUCUAGGGCUAUUCGUGACCGAGUGCAUCGGCUGGCACAGCACGUCGGGCAGGAUAUUGAGUUAGCUCCGGUGGGAGAUGCUGUGCAGCACCGCCAGAUUGAAGUACUUGAGCAGGACCUGGAUCGUGCCAAACUUCUAGGGCUCAACGCAUAUCGGUUCUCGAUCGAAUGGCCUCGGGUUGAGCCGAGCCGUGGGCAGGUGAAUGAAGCUGAACUGACGUACUAUGAUCGGGUCUUCGACGAACUGAGGCAACGCGGCCUCGAGCCUAUCGUUACCCUCAACCAUAUGACGCUUCCUCAAUGGGUCUUGACGCCCUCGGCAGCAAAAGACCCUGUGUCCGGUUUGGCUGUUCCUGAUCAGUCAUUCAACAACUCACUGCGUGGAUGGGAAACUCUGGAGGUUGUAGACUGUUUUGCAAAUUACGUUAGGGCCGUCGUUGAGAGGUACAAGGACAAAGUCAAAACCUGGAUCACCCUGAACGAACCAGUAGGUUCCAUGGUAGGGCUUGGUUAUCUCGCUGGGAUCUGGCCUCCUGGCUUUAGUCUGGAUGGACAAAGAGCUAGACAAGCAUACUUUAAUCUCCUUAAGGCACACGUUCGGGCCUACGAUGUCAUCAAAGCAAUCUAUGGGCCUGAUGGACAAUCCCGCGUCGGAAUUGCUCAUGCCAUGCUUUACGGGCGCUUAACCCCGGCCGGGGGAGGGUUGGGAGAUAUAAACGUGGCAGCAACAAAUCAGUUCAACUAUUUCUACAACGAGCACCUCUUGAACUCACUCGUGAACGAGCGCGUGGAUGUCAGUAUCGAUCGACAUCCUGCAGAUCGCGUCUAUAGGGCGAGCACCGACCUGUAUGGACUCACCUCUUGGAAGAAGAAGCUCGAUUUCCUAGGCCUCAACUAUUACCGCUCAGUCUACGUCGGCCAUGACCCAAUUCUUGGCGCCGCAGCGGGCUUCGCUGGGGACAAUGACGAUCAGCACCAGCUCCUCAAUGACAUGGGCUGGGAGAUAUACCCGAAGGGCAUCUACUACAUCUUGAAAUAUGUCCACGAGAACUACGACCUUCCUGUCUUGAUUACAGAGAACGGUAUUUCACAGGCAGUUGACUGCCAUCGGGCACCGUUCACUGUUUCACAUCUCCAGCAAGUCCUUCGAGCUAUUCAAGAAGGUGUCAAGGUCCAAGGGUACAUCCAUUGGACGCUCGUCGAUAACUAUGAAUGGCAGGACCACUAUCGCUCCCGGAGUCGCUUUGGGCUCUUUACUGUGAACCGCACAGGUGAGACCCAGCCGUUCCGGCGUUGUAUCACUGAGGGCGCACUGGCCCUGCAAUACAUAAUAGCAGACAACGCCGUGGAGCAGGCGGCAGAGAAGUUCGGGAACAUGGCAGCCAACGCCUCCAGCGUGUCUCCCCCAGUUCAGAACGCAGGUGCCUUGUGGGUAUCCGAUGGCACAACAGCUGAAAAUCCUACCAUUCUCAAGCUCAAUCUGUACCUUUCCAAGCUGUCUCCGACUCAGUAUCUGGGUAUGAUCUUUCUACACGAGAGUCAUACGUGGCAUCGGUUGGAUACUAUUGAAUGGAAGGGCAAAACACUCUCCUUCGAAUUCACAGAUACGGACCACGCGCUCAUUCGGGGUACGGCGAUCUCUACAGACAAUACCCUACGAGGAGAGUUAGGAUACAUCCCACCGCGUUCCUGGCAGGCCAAGCGUGAGACACUAUCUGGGACAUGGCGGAGUGAGAGAAGUCCCCAUUACGUCCACUUCCAUGGCCUAGAGCACCCGUCGGCCGGUGGGUGGUCAGGGAAGUAUCAUAUGCUUGGUUCUCACCGAUCACACAGGAGGUGGGCUUCAGGAUACUUGACGCAGACCGAUGACAGGGUCAAUUUCGCCAUGGAUGAUGAGGGCGUCUUCAACGGAAGCUUACCUCAGGCUUCGGACUCUAUGUUGGCUGGCGAGAUUCGGCUUGUUGGCGGUGGAGGAGGUGCGACGAUGGCGUGGAGAGCCCAGCGGCUUCCUGAUUAUAUUCCUUAA